AUGGGAGUUGCAUAUAAGAACUCAGAAACCCCUUUCAACACUACUCUUGCUGAUCAGAGACUUUACAUCCAAAUCAGUAAUCACUUGUUUUCCUCUGUCAGAGUUGCUGUCACAUUAAAGGGGUUUGAACUUGAGAGAGAGGGUGUGAAGAUGACAUCUUCUGAGACCCUUACAUUCAUGGAGCUAGCCAUACACCAGGCAAAGUUAGCUUUGGAUGUUCUUGAAGUGCCUGUUGGAUGUGUAAUUGUUGAGGAUGGCAAGGUUAUAGCCUCAGGCCGGAACCGAACAACUGAGACACGAAAUGCUACAAGGCAUGCAGAAAUGGAAGCUGUAGACGUGCUUUUAGUGCAGUGGCAGAAAAAUGGACUUUCAAUGUCUGAAGUUGCUGAAAAUUUCUCAAACUGCAGUCUUUAUGUUACCUGUGAACCAUGCAUAAUGUGCGCAUCUGUUUUAUCAAUUUUAGGUAUAAAGGAAGUAUUUUAUGGUUGUUCAAAUGAUAAAUUUGGAGGCUGUGGAUCGAUAUUGUCAUUGCAUUUAAGUAACUCCACACCACUCAAUAAUGAGGUUUCAUCCGGAAAGAGUUUCAAAUGUACUGGAGGUAUAAUGGCAUCAGAAGCUGUCCUUCUCUUUCGAACAUUCUAUGAACAAGGAAAUCCCAAUGCUCCAAAGCCACACAGGUCUCUAGCACCUCAGGCAUGA